AUGGCAGAAGAAGGUGUUGCAGAUCCAUUAGAGGAACAAGCAGAAGAACCACCAAUUGAGCCGACAACAGACUUACCAUCUAGGAAUGUAACCGAAGGUGAGAAGAAGCAUUCAUUCACAAUCAGCAAGGUCCAUGUAAGACCAGGAAAACCUUUCACUCCGUUGGAAAAGGACACUCUUAACUGGGCAAAUUGUUUAAACAGUUCACCAACUAUUCAGGUAAAAUCCAGUCCUUAUGUUCCAAUGCCUUACACUUUCCGAUUACCUCCGGCCCCAAAACCGACUCAAAUUAAAAAUGUCGUUGGUAAAAGCCCUCCAUUUCACACACUAGUCGAUCAUACUAUUGCCGUGAUUUGGAUGAUGUUUUCUUCGGAAAAUUAUGACUCGCCCUUGGGAAUUGUCCAGUUGCAAUGGGCAUUGGCUUUUCUGAAAACCAUAUUUCUUCGUACCGGAGAGAGACCUAAAGAUGUUGAAAUCUGUAUUGACGCGAUAGAAGAUGUUUUACUCGAAAAAUAUGCUAAUUUGUCCGAGCAAUUGGAAAGAAUGACAAAAAUAAAUGAAUCGUCCCAUUACGCUGAUGGGGCCUUCGGCUCAAUGACAGUAGUCACGAAGGAUUUUCCCUUUUCAGCCACUUAUGCCGACUUGGUGCAUAAGCUGGGAGAAAUAGAAGUUCAUGCAGAUCCAUCAAUAACCUCCCAGCAAGCCGAAGAGGAAUUGAAUAAUCUCAAGAAAGCCGCUGGAGUACAAUCGAUUGAAAAACUUGAUUCGGUGUCCAAAGAAAAAGCUAUAAACGUAUUGAAAAUGUGGCGAGUUGAACAAACGGGUAAAAUAAAGGAGGAAAUCAAGAAACUCAAGUUGAUACAAGAACAAAUUAAUAAUGUCAAUGAUGGUACUGCUCAGUUUUUGGACGCAGCGCAAAUGGAAGAACUUUUUAUUGGAGAUGAUUGA